GCUCCUCCCAAAUCAUUCCCAAACCUAAUCCCCAUUCUUCCUCGCGAUUGCAAUUUCUCGAGAGAGAGAGAGCGUAGCAGCAGAUCGAGAUCGUGAUCGAGCAAUGGAGGCCUUGCGAGUUCAAUCCCCCAAAUCUUCGGUUCGAUCCAUCCUCUCCCCCCUCCGUUCCCGAUCUCCCUCUGGCGCCGGCCGCAAGAGGGCGUCUCCUUUGGCUUCGAGAUCCGGAAGCGAGAACGAGAACCCCAACACACAGAUCGAGCCUCCAAACUCCCCUUCCAGUUUCACUCGCAAGGCACUGCCUCACCCGACCGAUGGUCUUCCGCUGCAAAAGCAGUCUGGAGUGGCCGACGAAUUGCGUGGAAGUGAUGGAUCCCUGGAUCCCUAUGGAUCUUCCGUCAAGGUGGUGGUCAGAUUGAGAUCGGGGAGUGGCCGGAAGACAGAUGUAGUUGUUCGCAAGAUCUCUUCUAAUUCUUUGUCACUUGGAGACCGGUCUUUCAAUUUCCAUUCCGUUCUUGGUCCUGAGUCAACCCAGGAAGACGUCUUCAAGAUGGUUGGCAUUCCCUUGGUAAAUUAUUCGUUAGCAGGCUUCAACACUUCAAUAGUCUCUUAUGGGCAGACUGGUAGUGGAAAAACCUACACGAUGUGGGGUCCUGCUGGAGCCAUGGUUGAUGAUGGUUCAACUAACAGUGAACAGGGGAUUGCACCACGACUCUUCAAGAUGCUCUUCUCUGAGAUACAUAGGAGGCAAGAUAGUUCAGAAGCAAAACAACUGAGUUACCAAUGUCGGUGUUCUUUUCUUGAGAUACAUAAUGAUCAGAUUAAUGACCUCCUAGAUCCAACUCAAAGGAACCUUCAGAUAAGAGACGAUCCUAAGAAUGGUUCUCAUGUGGAAAACUUGACUGACGAGUAUGUCACAACGAUCGAUGAUAUUACCCAACUACUUGUAAAGGGGUUGACCAACAGAAAAGUAGGCACUACAAGUAUGAAUUCCAAGAGUUCACGUUCUCAUAUAAUAUUCACAUGCAUAGUUGAAUCCUGGUGCAAGCUCUCAGCAACAAAAUGUUUUAGUAAUUCAAAGACUAGUAGAAUUGUCCUUGCUGAUCUUGCUGGAUCCGAUGAUGGCAUAUUUGAAGCUGCUGGAAGUCAAUGUCUCAAGGAACGGAAGCAUAUUAAGAAGUCUCUUGCAAAACUUGGCAAGUUAGUGAACAUUCUCGGUGAAGCUGAGAAUUCGCUUGGGGACAAGAACAUCACCUACUACACACAUUCGUGUCUGACUCAUCUACUGAAGGAUACUCUUGGUGGCAAUGCAAAAGCAGCAGUUAUUUGUGCAAUUUGUCCAGAUGAGAGUUCUCGAAGUGGCACGUUGAGUACACUAAGAUUUGGAGAACGAGCAAAGCAUGUGCAAAACAAGCCUGUGAUAAAUGAAAUAACUGAAGAUUACGUUAAUGAUUUAAGUGAUCAGAUUCGGCAGUUGAAGGAGGAGCUCAUGAACACUAAAUUGGAUGAAGGCAAAUCUAAUGUUUCAAAAGACUGGCAAUUCAACGGAUGGAAGGGCCGUCAGAGCUUGAAUCUCUUAAGAGCAAGCCUCAAUCGAUCUUUGAAUUUACCAAAUGUUGAUCAGGAGUCUGAUGAAGAAAUGGAUGUUGAUGAGGAAGAUGUCAGCCAACUUUGUGUUCAACUGGAAAAUCUGAAUUCAUCUGUAGAAGACAAGUCAAACAAUAUCGAUCUUACUGAGGAAUCGGACAGAGAGAAUAAUCAAAAUGCUAAAUCAGUGGAUGCAAAUGCAAGUAAAAUGUCUUUAGGGCUCUCGAUCCCCUGUCAAGAACAACUGAUGCUUGGUGAUCCUGUCUUAUGUUCAUCUCCUAAAGUUGGCAAUACGUUGAAGAGAAGUGUAGUAGCACCUGAAGGUAUCAUCCGUACUUCCUUGAAGUCAAGCAAGGCGAACCCAACUGAUUCCUUGGCCGCCAGCCUUCAAAGAGGUUUGCAGAUGAUUGACUACCACGAGAGCAGUUCAUGCCCAAGAAGCUCUUUUGUAGGCCUUUCCUUCGAGCACUUAGCUUCCAUUUCAGUCCAAAAAGAAAAUGUCGAUGCUUCUCCUUCGCUUUGUUCAGCUUGCAAGAAUGCUAUACUUGAUAAUGGAUGCGAGGAUAAGCAGAUAGUAAUACCUGUCAAUGAGGAUAUAAAUGGGCCUUCAGCAAAUCUCACCGAGAGGGAGAAGGAACUUGAAGCUCUAUGUGCGAACCAGGCAACGACGAUCAAGCAUCUCAAUUCCUUAAUUGACAACCAAAAGCAGGAAGAGGAGCAGCAUUUGAGCGAUGAAAAUCUAUCCAAGAACAGCCCACUACAGCCCGACGAGAGGGCAGCACUACUUCUGGAAAUCGAAACUUUGAAGAAUCAAUUGAAGACAAUUAAGGAUGUUUCAGACAAUGACUCUCUUCUCGAGCAGAUACGAAAUGGUUCCACUUCAUCUUCGGCCAUGGGAGAGGACUACGAGAAGGAAAAACAGAAGUGGACAGAGUCCGAGAGCAGAUGGAUCUGUCUCACCGAGGAGUUGAGAGUCGAUCUCGAACAAAACCGCAGGCUCGCAGAGAAGAAAGAGAUGGAGCUCGACAUGGAAAAAACUUGCACCGCCGAGCUGAACGAUGCGUUGCAGCGGUCAAUCCUCGGCCAUGGUAAAAUCGUGGAGCACUACGUGGAGCUACAAGAGACCUACGACGAGCUGCUGCUGAAGCAUCGGAAAAUCAUGGAAGGCAUCGCAGAAGUAAAGAAGGCGGCCCAGAAAGCAGGAAGGAAAGGGUGCGGCUCUGCUUUCGCCGCAGCUCUCUCCGCGGAGCUAUCGACCCUCAGGAUUGACAGGGAGAAGGAACGGACUUACCUCAAGGAGCAGAACAGGAAGCUAAGAAUCCAGCUUCGCGAUACAGCGGAAGCAGUCCACGCCGCCGGAGAGCUCUUGGUGCGGUUGCGAGAGGCGGAGGCAGCGGCCUACGAAGCUGAGGAAAAGUGUGGGAAUGCGCAACAAGAGGUGGAGAGGAUGCGGAAGCAGAUGGAGAAGCUGAAGAGAAAGCACCAGAUGGAGUUGCUCACGAUGAAGCAUUUCCUGGCAGAAAGCCGGCUCCCUGAGUCAGCUCUGGAGCCCAUGUACCACCACCGUGAGUCGGAGAUCACAGAAGAGGGAGCAGCACCGCCUUCGGCUGCACCUUACGAUGAUCAAUCGUGGAGGUCGGCAUUCCGGCCUUCCUACCAGUAGCAGCAUGUUCGAUCGUAUUCAAUUCUCCUCCAAGAUGUCUUGGAGUGGAGCGCGCUGUAAGUGUUUGUUUGUUUGUCUGUGUUGAGAGGCCCGCAUUAUUUUUGCCUGUUUGUCGAUUAAACAUAGUUGGAAUCGUAUUUUAAAUUUCCUACUGGCAGUAAGAUUAAUUUAAAUA